CCCUCCUCCUUCCACGUCACUCCGCAGGAAGCGUCUGGGAGCCUCGGCGAAUCCGUCCCGCAUCACCGCCGCCACCACCACCGCCUGGGUCACCUUUUCAGCGCUCCCGCACCGGCAUCUCUCCGGCAAACCCUCCUCCGAAAGAAUGAUCCCCGGCAAGCCGAGAGCCGCAGUCAUGUCCUUAUCGGUGGCGAUAUUCGGGACGCUGAUGCUGCAGUCCGUGUCUUCCCAGAACGCGGGCUUUGUGAAAUCCCCUCUGUCCGAGACCAAGCUCACAGGCGACACCUUUGAGCUGUACUGUGACGUGGUAGGUAACCCCACCCCAGAAAUCCAGUGGUGGUACUCGGAGAUCAACCGAGCGGACUCUUUCAGGCAGCUGUGGGACGGCGCCCGCAGGCGCCGGGUGUCGAUCGGCACGGCGUACGGCGUCAACUCAGUGAGCGUGCUGGGCGUUUCGCAUCUCACCCUGGAUGACGCCGGGACGUACGAGUGCCGAGCUAGCAACGACCCUCGGCGUAACAACCUCCACCAAAACCCAGCCACCACAUGGAUCCGAGCUCAGGCCACUGUAACUGUGCUGCAGAAGCCAUCGAUUUCUGUCACCGAUUCGUUCACAAUCACUGCGGGGAUGGACAGCAUCUUGUUGCAGUGCAAUCUGACCAGCGCCUACAGUGCCCCGCAGGAGAGCUACUGGAUGAAGAAUGGGGAGGAGAUCGAGGGAACGCGCACCCCAAACAAGAAUGCUGAAUAUAGGCUCAACAGACCAAGGGGAGACGAUGCUGGAGUCUACAUAUGUGUCUACAACUUUGAAAUGGCCCCUUCUGCUAACGCCACCAUCGAAAUAAAAUCCGCCCCCUUGAUUACAGGCCAUAAGCGUAGUGAGAAUAAGAACGAGGGCGAACGCGCUGUUCUCUACUGUAAGUCUGUGGGCUAUCCUCACCCCGUCUGGACCUGGCAUAAGAUCGACCACACUGGCCCAAGGGAUAUUGACAACACAACCGGGCGCUUCUUCACCAGCAGCAGGGAGAACUACACAGAGCUGCAAAUUGCCGACCUAGACAUCAACCUGGACCCUGGCGAGUACCUGUGCAACGCCUCCAACGUUAUCGGCAGCCACAAUGAGAGGUCUGUGCUGAGGGUGCGCAGCCUCUUGGCACCGCUGUGGCCGCUGCUGGGCGUUUUGGCUGAGAUCAUCAUCCUGGUGGUCAUAAUCGUUGUUUACGAGAAGCGCAAGAAGCCAGAAGAUUUACAAGACGAUGACGACCUAGCUGGACCAGUGAAAACUAAUUCAACCAACAACCACAAAGACAAGAAUCUCCGUCAGAGGAACACAAACUGAGAAACCUGUCUGAAGAGUCUCAUUAUUCAUGUACUGACCAUAUGAAGGUAAACAAGAACGGGCUCCAUAUCAGUCACUCAUAAAAUCUAUCUGCCAUUACAAGAGUUGGUAUGGGGGAUUUAAAUGAGGCAUGCCUUAUUAUUUUAUCGUGUGAGGGUGUGUGACAUGAAGGUACUCGAAUCAUUACAGAGUUAACAUAACCACUGUUGCUGCAUGCAGUUGUUUUAGUUUUUUUCCCCUUCUUAAUUACUAAUUUUAUAUUUUUAUUACUUAUAAGGUAAUGCAUGCAAAACGUUGACCUUCUGUUUGACGCAGAAAUGUAUUUCCGUCCUCCUUUUUUUUCUCCUUGAGGUUGUAGAAACUGUACUGUGAAAAACUAAACUCUGCAAUGUAAAAGAAAAGAUCACCAUAAUCUGGUAUGACAGAUGUGUAUAGUUUUAUCUUUCUUCUGCAUACCAUUAAUUCAUUUUAUUAUAUCAUAUAAAUAUAUAUAUAAUAUAUGUACAUCACAUUUAAGGGCUUUGCAAUGUCCCUCUAAAAUUGUUAAAAGUUUAAUUUACUUUGUGUAUGUACUGUAUGUAAUAAAUCACUAUAAUUAUGUAUCAGAUCACAAUUAAUAUAAAGAUUAUUCAUAUCAUAUGAUGCACUUAAAUGUUAGGAAUUACGAUGAACUGUACAAAUCUACUUUAGUUAAUCUGUACUAAUCAUUCUAACAUCUUAUUUUGUAUUCAUGUGUCUUGUACAGCAUGGCUAUUAUCCUAUGCAAUUAUUAUCCAUAUCAGUAUAAAGUCAAAGUCAUUGCAGCUUCUUAUUCCUCUGUGACAAAGCUUUAAACUAGUAGGAUCACCGUAGACCGUCGAUGGCAUACGUUCACAGCUGCAUGAGUUCUCAUCAGCUGGCAUGAGAGGUGGCGUGAGAGAGCCCCAUGCCAGAGCUGACACAUGUCAAGAAAUUCCAGGACUUCAGCUCAUUUUUAACAAUAAAUAUAUUAAGACAAAAAAAAA